AUUUAAACAGCAUUUUAAACGUCAAAUUUCGUAAGUCAUUAUGUUCACCUUGCCUCCAUUGCCUCCAAAAGACUACGUUUUACGUGAUGUUAACCAAAAUCAAAAAUCUGCACAAGAAUUCACUCCUGUGGCUUUACCACGAAUCACUCAAACAAAUCUGGGCAAGUUUUGUGCUCCAAUUCAGUACCAAGAGAAUGAAAAAUUGUCUAAUUUGAAUAUCGACUAUUCGGUGAAUCCCCAAGUAUUGGAACGAUGGACUGACAAUGCGAGGGCUUUCUGGGUAGACAAACCGGGGAAAAACGACUAUUUUUUGCACGAUUUGUUCAAAAAGUACAGUGUGGAGGUUGUUCCCAGCUAUGACGUCAGGUUCAAACACAAUGAGCGCGUUUUUUACCGCUCGUUCAAUUACGAAUUGGAAUGUAUGGAAGAACGCCGCUUGAAAAAACUCUACGAUAAAAUGGAUCGUGAGGAAAGGGAGGAAAACGAAAAGAAAAAAAUGAUCGAAGAAAAACACAUUCGUAAUACCGAUGUUACGAUGGGUUUGAAAAAGUGCAAAGAUAUUCAACCGUUUUGGUGGAAUAAAGAUAAAAGUAGCGAAAGUGAUUUAGCACAAAAUAGAAAUUUUCAAAAAAGGAAUGAAAAUUUUAGUGAAGAAAUUCCGACUUUGCGUUGGCAAGAAGAACCAAGUUUGACGGAAUAUUUGAAUACUGAUCCGUGCAAGAGGAGAUACGACAUGGCUUUAAAUGUCAAAAUUCUCGAAAAAUUCUACGUAAAAAUGGAGAGACUUGCAACAGAAAAUUUAUUCCUCCUGGAAUUUCUCGUCGAUGAUGUGAAAAUGGAGGGAAAAUGUGACUGCGACACUCCGCCAGGCGAGCAUUGCGUCUCAUUCCAGUUUCUGGAUAAUGAUGCUUUGGACGUGUGUGAGGCGGAUUUUUCACCAGGAAGAAAAUAUGGAAAAGAAGAUAACACAAAAAGUGGGAAAUCUUGUCUGUUUUCGCUCACUCCAGAGCAAGUGCAGAAAGUCAGUGAGGUGUUUGAUGUCACUGUGACGGUGUUUAAGAAAAUGCAGCCUGGAUGGUUGCCUGAUAAGAUUGCGAUAGGAAGUGCUUUGAUUUCGAUUGCGAAUUUGUUCGUUGAGUUGAUUCAGAGUGUGGAGGUGCAAGCUGAUCAGACACCUUCGGCGAAAACGAUGAAAGACACCUUUGUUUUGAUGGAUUCGACUGGGAGUAAAGUUGGGAAGAUUAGCAUUUAUAUAAGGAUGUCUUGUUUUGGAAAACUGAUUGUGACACAGUUUCAGAUGAAUCUUGAAGACAAAUCUGUUCUGUUCAAAGACAAAGGCGGUCAAUCAUUGUACCGUUACAAAAAAGCGAGUAAAAAAAACGAACCUGAAGAAAUCUUCCAAAACCCUCUCAAUACCCCGUGGAACUCCCAAUGCCCCACCAUCCCCUGUGACCAACCCGACUUUAACACAAUGGGCUUUGGUGGUCAAAUCAACCAAAUGUACCCACCACAACCACAACCAAACUUAAACUGUCCCAUGACACCGUGUUUUCCCGAUGGUAUGUUCCCCCAGGAUAUGAUGAUGGGUGGUGGUGGUGGUAAUAUUUAUGGAAUGCCCACUUCUCCCCAAUCGGAUAUGUUCUCACCAAUGGGUCAAUCCAUGUUACCAUGCAGUGAAUGUAAUAUAAUGAUGCAACAACAAUUUUCCGCCCCACAACAAUUACAACAGCAACAACAACAACAAAUCCCCUGUAUGAUGUGUCCUCCCGAAGGGAUGACUUCACAAAUGUUGACUCCUUGUGAAGAGUGUGGUACACUUUUAGCACCACAAUUUAAAGCUGAAGUUGGGGGAAGUCCAAGUGGACCAGCCAGCGAUCCACCGGGGAAUUACCAAGAAAUUGGUGCUAGUAUGGGUGGAAAUGCCUUAACUAUUAGGGUACACAAAGAUAAAAACAGGAUUGAACAGGUGGAUUCUGUGGUUGGUAGCGAGGGCAGUUGUUGUUGUUCUCCUGGCAAUAUUGGUGUGAAAAAACAAAAACAAACAGUGUCAAGUCAAAGUAAUGCAGGAUCUUCGCCUCCUCAGUGUUUUGAUGUGCGUCCAGGAAUUCAACAAGGCGAUAAAAAUUUACCAUUCUCAUUUAAAAUGUCCGGAGCUGGUGCUUCCCCCAAUAAUAAUGUUAUAAUAAAUCCACCGGUUUGUACAAAACCUGAUGGUACAAAGUUUACCGAAAUCACGGAUCCGAAUAAAGAAAUGUUUGUGUUACGGAUUGGGAAAAAAAGUGAAGGUGUACAGAAGAAAGCUAAUUUGGAAUUGGAGUUGUGUACGCCAAGAGGGCCUGAAUUAAAGCCAAUUCCGAGAAAGGAAACGAGAGAUUCUCAAUAUGAUCCAGCUGAUUGUAAAGGAGCAGGUGAUAAGAAGAAGAAGGGGAAGAAAGGGAAGAAGGAUAAGAAAGGGAAAGGAAAAGGGAAAGGCAAAGGAAAAAAAGGGAAGAAAGGGAAGAAGAAGUGAUUGUGUGUGUUGUGUUUGUCAUUUUAUGUUUCAUAUUGUUUGUGUCAAUAAAUUUUGGAUUGUG